CACCCAGGCCAUGCAGAAUACAUUGUCAGUAUACGGAGUAGAGCAGUAUUUUCUAAUUUUUUACGUAAAGCAGUGAACUAUAGAGGAGGGAAAAGUACCAUCAUCUUAUAGUAAAUUAUAUGCGUUAUUACAUAUAUAAAAUUUAAGAGCUGUCACGUUAUUUUUCUGUCAAAAAUUAGUAAAAACUGCUUUGCUUUGUAUACUACUAAUGUAUUUUUCAUGGCCUGGGCGUCCAUGUUGAUGACGUCACGACCGAGAGUUAUAUUGCCAUAUCCUAAAGGCUAAACGUAUCGGGGACUGCUCCGCCACGCGGAUACAUUUAGCAAAACAUAUAUACAAUUUUGUAGCAGAAGACGUAAAAUAUUAUAAGUUCUGCAGCAAGUGUCAAAAUUUUAGUUAGGAAAAAUAAAAAAUGUAGCGAAAAACGCGGUGCAUAUCGUAAAUGCUGUGUAGUAUGGUGCAAUAACUCAGAACGCAAUAAUCGGGAUCUCCACUUCUAUAGGUUUCCCUUUCAGCCUUAUGAAGCUGAAAAAAAAUGAUAUGGCUUUUAGCCGCUCGUCGCGGAAGUGAAACAAAUCCGGAUGAGGACUGGAGACCAACAGAGAGUUCUAGAGUUUGUAGUGCACAUUUUGAAGGAGGGAAAAAAUCAAAUGAUCCAAGAAAAACUUCGUACAACCCAACGAUCUUUCCUAAAAUUUAUGUAAAGCAAAAAAGUGACCAAGCAAGGUGUAAAAGAUUGAAUGCUCAAAACCAAGAAGAACCUGAACAAAGUAUUACAGAUUUUCUAGAAAUUUGUACUGACGAUAUCGAUAACACAGCACAUGGUCUGACUAAUAAUAUCUUAGUUGACAAUACGCAGAAUGAAACCUAAGAUUUUGUGAACGGUGAAUGUGAAGAAAUCAUCACAUUAAAAUAAUUUGAGAUUUAGAUUCUAACAACACAGAAAAUUGAACAUUUUCAUUUUCUUUGUUCUACUUGAGUCAAUGUACCAUUUUGCCUUGAAACCAUAAAUUACUAAAGAAAGUGGUCAAACAGUACUUUACAGUUUCAGUAAAGACAUGUAUACAUGUUGAGAGGAAGUAAUGCAAGAUACAUCUUUAAAAUUUCUUCAUUUAAAACUUUUUGAUGAGAUCAGUGAUAUUACGCGUAUUUAGUAUGUAUAAGUAUUAGCUAACAAAGACGUUAUGCAUUAAGGAAAAAUAAAUAUUUUAUACAACUCUU